UUGGGUUUGCUCGACUUGGUAAAAAAAGUGGAGUCUUUCUCCACUUAAUAGGGUCUGUAAAAUCUAAACCCCAACCCCUAGCAAGUCUCCCCUUCUUCUUCACUUCUACACUCUACUUUUUCGGCAAGAAGUGCCCUUUAAUGCAGCACUGCAUUUGCCUAUACCUGUGUUUCUCCUUCAUCUAGCUGACCAGCCAUCUCCACUAUUCCAGGUCAAGAAUCUUCUCUCUUCCUUUUCUUUAAUGAUUAUCGCACUGGUUUAUAGACUACUGAUUUCCCAUGUUAAUUUGCUAUAAGUUUGGUUCACUUAAGAACUUGAGAUAUUGAAGUGGGAAUCUCUUUUUCUUCGUAGAAAAUAAGAAUUGGAAUCAUAGAUAAAAUGGGGAUUUUGUUUUGGUAACAUCAAUUAUUUAUUACAGCAGGCUUGAUUUCAUGUAAAUUAAAUGCUAGUUUGGACUGGAUCGGAAUCAGAAUAGUAUUAGUAACUCCAAGUGAAGCGUAUUUUGAUGUGAUUUUAGCGGAUUCUUUUCUUGCCGUACAAAGGGGGAGAAAGGGUGCGAACUGAAUUAUGGUUAAUAAUUCAAAGAUUUCAAGGAUUUGUACAGUACCUAGCCUAGUAGGUGAUUGCGGUGAAAUUCAGGAAUUGGCACUGGUUUCAGGUGCUGCUAAUCUUGAGGUUCAGCAGGCUUAUGAAUCACAUGACACAGCAACUUCAUUGAGUUUGGGUUCGGGUUCGGCUCGGUGUUACAAGCUUGGUCCGUGUUUUGAUUCGCCAUCAUCUGUUGAAGAAGAUAACAAACCUGUGGCUGCAAGGUUGUCUAAAUAUUACCCUUCUGAGAAAGCCAAAAUUCUGGUGCAGAAUUUCUCAAGUUUGGUUUCGUGGCAUAGUUGGUGCAAAAAUUCCAGCCCAAUUGUUGGAUGGCAUCUACCAGAUGAAACUUACUGUAAUUGGGUUAAGAAGUUGGAAAAGAGACUUGAACAGAAAUGGCGUGACCUCCGAAUUUAUGAAGCGAUUAUGCUGUCUACACGUCUCAUUUCCUUUGACAGUCCUCUCAUGUCUGCACUCAUGUGUUUUUGGGACAAAAGUUGCAAUGCUUUCCUCCUCCCUGAAGGUCCGAUGGGCAUAACAAUGGAGGAUGUGGUCGCAAUCACCAGUUGUUCCCCAGUUGGCAUUGAGUUAUCUACAUUAGGGACUGACCCGCCAGAUGUAAAGAACACUUAUCUAGGGAUUGGUGUAUCUAGUUACGGCAAUUUUGUGACUAGAGCUAUGGCGCUCAGAGAUAAAGAACAAGAGGAAAUGGCUUUCUACUUGUACUGGAUAUGCAAGUUUGUUGUUUGCAAUCGCUCAGUCAUGGUUCUGAAGGGCUUUCAAUGCGUGGCUGAGACCAUCUUUCAUGCAAAGGGUCCAAUAGCGCUUGCCCCCUUCUUACUUGGCCUUGCCUAUAAUUGCCUAGGCAACAUUCUCAGAUCAGAUUUCAGUGAACAUGUGAGUGGGCCUCUAUGGCUGGUCGUGCUAUGGGCGCAGGCUUAUUUUAAUCCUAUUGCAGCUAGUAGUAUUUCUACACAUCUUCAAAUCCCUAGGCAACAAAAAUUUAAUAGCAUAUACUCAUAUGGGGAUUACAUAAUUUUCAGCCAGGUUCAUUGCGAGAAAACUUUCGGGGAAUGUUUCAACUAUUUAACUGACAACAAAAGGAAACGCCAAGGAGAGGAAUGGAACCCAUUUCUUAAAAGGGAAUUUGGUGCUGACUGGUUCCGUACUUUCACGCUUCAUCAGAAACACACUAGAGAUGAAAAGGAUGCCUGGAAAGCAGUUCUCAUUGCUCGAGAUUUACCAGCAUAUUUUAGUCCUCCUUCAUUUUUCCUUGAACCUUACUCCCCAAAUCAGUUUGCUAGGCAACUUGGACACCUCCAAUCAGUUCCUGUCCCUUUCUACCAAACUAUCAACCAGCCUUGGCAUUCUAGGAACACUGUGGCUGCUAAUGUUCUUAAGCAUGCAGAGAAGGACUAUUUCAUCAGAAAGUCUGCGAUGUCACAGGUAAAUCAGAUUCAUUGGUUCCCAUCUUCAGAUCAUGCCUUUGAUUUUUGGUGGUUAUGGUGCUGGGCAAAUGUUGCUUCAUAUGUCUCUGAGGCAAAGAAACAUUUUGUUUCCAAGUUUGGAAAUGGUCCCAGGAAGAUGCAUAAGAAACGCCGUGCAACACGUACUCAGAAGUUGCAAAGAGCUCCAAAGCGUAGAGCAAGAAUGGUUUCAGCUCUUUUAGAACCAUCCCCCGAAGGAAGAGGUGGAGGAAAAGUAGAAGUAGAAGUAGAAGUAGAAGAGGAAGAAUCAUCGUCGUCGUCAUCAGAAGAUCUGCCUUCUAAUAAAGAAGGAAAAGGAAAAGAAGUAGAAGAUUGCGAAGAAUCAUCAUCAUCAAAAGAUGAUGAUGAUGAUGAUGAUGAUGAUGAAGAAGAAGAAGAAGAAGAUGAUGAUGUUGAUCUGCCUUUGACAAAGUUGCGACAUCAGAAGCCCUCUGCUGAUGAAAAUGACAUGACAUUAGAAGAGUAUCCAUCCUCUGAAGAUCCCGUAAACACUGAGCAUGAUCAGGAUGCCAUUGGAGAAGGUGACUUCACUCCUCAACAGAACCAUGGCCCAGCUGUGAAUGUUGAACAACAGAGAAAGAAGCUUAAACAAUACAUGGACAUGUCAAUAGAGUCCAUCUACGAAACUGAUCAAUUGAACAACAUGGAGAGAACUGUUGACGCAAUCUAUCAUCAUUCAGGCGAUGCGUUAGAGACCCCCAUUCUGGGAGAUCUAAGGAAACAACUGACUGGCCUCAAAAAUAAGAUCCCAUCUCUCUUGUCUUCAAUCAAAUCUGCCGAAUCUGAAUGCGAGUCUCUUCACAAACAAAAUCCUGAUCUGCCAGCUAAGCUAAACCAAGAGAAACUGGCAUUACAAGCUGACGAAUCACGUCUUUCAGAGCUCACAAGUGAAGAAGCUAUACUUGAACUGGAAAUCCAAAAACUAAUGGCAAAGAAAGAAUCAGUUCUUUCUCAGAAAACCUCAGCAGCUGAGAGGGCUGAGAGGAGAAAGCAGAAAAUGGAAGAGCUCAAGAACAUAGAGGAAAGCAUCAAGAAGGCAGAGUACAGUUGUUUCCAAAAGAGAAAUGAAAUGAGUAAAGUAAAUGCAACCAUUAACGCGACUUUGAUGGACGCCAAAAGGGUUUUGUUCAAAUGAUUUUUUUUUUCUUUUCGUUUAGCAAAUACAUGUAAUUGUGAACCUUGUAGUACUUCUUGCCUUCUGAUCAAACAAAACAACAUUCAACGUUAUAUUUCUCAAAUUGGAAUGACAUGUAAUGUAGGUUUUUACUU